GUUGGUAGGUUGUGAGUGGAGUGAAAGUUGCCGAGUUGUUACGAGUCAUAAACUGUUAUUUGUGAAUAGAUUCAUCUAUCAAUAAAUUUAUCAUAUAGGAUAGAAAUAAUUGGAAUCCUAAUUUCUAAUAUUUCUGAAUAAAUAAUCCUAUAAUAAUAAUAGGUUUAUUUCGUAAAAACUACUGGAGAUAUCGUUUAACGUUGCACAGAACAGUGGAAUCAAAAGAGGAUCAUUCCUCGGCAUGACUUCGACAUCGUUACACGUUGAUUAGUGCGGGAGAGUAACCGGAACAUUUUUAUUUUGUUUUCUGUAACUUUUGCAUCCUAUCAUGGAUUCCUUCGAAGAGGACCUUGCAUAUUUCUUACCUUUUGAUGAAGCUGAAUCAGACGAAACUCGAUUAAAAAAGUGCAUCGAUCAACUGUUCCAAAAACCUUUAAUAGUUAAUGAUACAAGAUCCGCAAAUAAUGCUGUACUGUAUAAUGUUAUGGCAAGCGCAGCCAUAUUGCGCGAGGAUUAUAAAGAGGCUAUUAACUUCUGUACGAGAGGAUUGCAAGAGAUCGUCCCAUACUGCGAAAUGUCUGUAUAUUUAUACUCAAUUCGUGCUAAGGCCUUGGAAUGCCUUGAAAUGUACGAAGAGAGUUUAAUAGACAUCGAUAGGGCGAUCGAAAUUUCUCCCAAUACCGAAUUAACCAAGCGUUUCAAAGAUACAAAGAUGGAUUUAGAAAAAAAAGCUUCUCGUUCGCAUACGAAACAAAAUAACAGAAACCACUUUGAGGAUAUACCAUCGCUAUCGCACGACGAAAACAAAGAUAUUCCUGGUAUGAGCGAUGCUGUUCGCUUGGUUCAUAAUAAAAAAUAUGGUGUAAAUUUUGAAGCGACGAAACCCAUCGGCACUGGAGACGUCAUUCUAAUCGAGAAACCCCAAGUAACGUCUGUUCUUCCACCAGACGUUGCUAUUGCGAAUGUGUGUCACUAUUGCCUAAAACGGUACAGCGCAUUACUUCCAUGUGAACGGUGUAAUAGCGCGCUAUAUUGUUCGAAAGAAUGUCGUGCAAAAGCAUAUGAAGAACACCAUCGAAUUCAGUGCAGCUCUAGAAACUUUCCUCCUGAUAUUCAAUUUGUAAUAAACUUGUUUAUGAAGAUUACAGAAAACGGUGAAAAACUCACAGAAGCCGUUAAAUAUUGCGAGGAGCUCGAUACUGGGAGUGCAGGUUCGAUGAAAGAAUUUUAUACGAAACGUGAUAAUUUGGAAAACAAUUUGAAAUCCGUCCUCAAUUUGAGUAUAUCGAUGAAGAAGAAUGACGAGAGAAAUGCAAAAUAUAUAUUUAAAUCAGCCCAUAUCGCUUCAUUCCUACGAAACCAGACCAAUUGUUUGCGGGAAUACAACGAUAUCUUAAGUAUCGCUAAGUUACUAUUCCGAUUAUUCUACAUCUUCUACACACACGUCUUUAUGGAGGAUAUAUCGGUUAACACAGAUAGUGUAAGUGGAGUAUGCAAUCUGUAUUCCUUGCUUAGCUUGGUUCGUCAUUCUUGUUGUGCGAAUACAGUUUAUUCGAUACAUAAAAAUGGCGUGAUAGCUGUACGCGCAGCUAAAGACAUAGAACCAGGUGAACAGAUAACUUUUAAUUUUCUACGUACAAGUAAGUGCAAAACUUUCGUAAUCGAAUUUAUAAAACGACAAGUCAUCCUAGGAGCAGAGAAACGUAUCUCAUGUAAGUGCGUGGCUUGUGAAAGGAAUUAUGAUUUUAAACCUGAGCUUGGUAGGAAAUUUAAAGUACCGAAAGAAUUAGAACGACGCCUACGUAAAAAGCCAUUCGAUAUCGACAGCUUGUGGGAAUUACUCAAAGUAAUUAACAACGAGAGAAGCCAACCGUGUUUAGAAGCAGAACUCUUGAAAGCUGCCCUUUCAGAUAUCUAUUUGGGAAAGCGGGACACUCUACUGAACGUCCUGUACCGAUUAAUUGGAAUUUCGUAAAUGAGUCUUGAUCCUGAUUAUGAUACGAGGAUUCGAGCGGAAUGCAUAACAUCCUUAAUCUUCCGUCUUUCUAAUGUUCUCUUAAUGUUAUAAUAUUAAUUUUUUACUUUGUAUUUUUAGUGGCACACAAAAAUGUUCAUUUAUAAUCUUUUAUGCGAUAUGUAUCUUUGGUUGUUUAUUAUCUCUAUAUUUAUCCGUAUUAUUUCCGUACAGUAUUUUAUAAUUAUAUUAUAUUUUAUUAUAAUUAGAUACGUUACAAUAUUUCUUAUCCGUACAAUUAGUUUUAACAAACAACGUUAAUAUAUGUAUGUAAUGUUAACUAGAUAUUAACUUGUAACAUUAUUUUUAAUAUAGUCUAAUAAAAAAUAUUAAUAUUGAUAA